UUUUUAAAGAAGAGUGACGUCAGUGCGUUUGUGAGGAAGAGGAACUUGAAGAUAUAUAUUGAGAAUGAAUAAUGUUUCCAUCAAAUCAAUUUUCUAGUUUUUCUUGAGAAAUGGCGAAAUCAAUUAAAUUCUUUGAGUUAAACACAGGAGCCAAAAUCCCCUCCGUUGGGUUAGGCACAUGGGCGGCUGGCCCUAACGCCGUCGGCGGGGCCAUCACCACCGCUGUUAAGGUUGGAUAUCGACACAUUGAUUGCGCUCAAAUGUAUGGGAACGAGAAACAGAUUGGUGUUGCUCUAAAGAAUGUUUUUAAAGAUGGUUUAGUGAAACGUGAGGACUUAUGGAUCACCUCCAAACUCUGGAACACUGAUCAUGCACCAGAAGAUGUUCCGAAGGCAUUGAACAGAACCUUGCGUGACCUGCAACUUGACUAUGUUGAUCUGUACCUUAUUCACUGGCCAGGCCCUGACAUUCCCAGCACAUGGCGAGCAAUGGAAGCAUUGUUUGAUUCUGGCAAGGCUCGAGCGAUUGGAGUUAGUAAUUUCUCUGUGAAGCAGCUUGAAGAUCUGCUAGCUGUUGCUUGUGUUACUCCUGCUGUUAACCAAGUGAAGAUUCACCCUGUAUGGCAGCAGCCGCAGCUUCGUGAAUAUUGUAAAUCCAAGGGAAUUCAUUUAACCGGGUAUUCGCCACUAGGUGCCUCUGGAACACCAAUUCUCAUGAAUCCUAUUGUCACUACAGUUGCUGAGAAAUUAGGCAAGACUCCUGCACAGGUUGCUCUUCGUUGGGGACUUCAAAUGGGUCACAGUGUAGUGCCUAAGAGCACGAAUGAGGCAAGGAUCGAGCAAAACUUCGAUGUUUUUGACUGGUCUAUUCCUGAAAAUUUGUUUGCCAAGUUUUCUGAAAGUGAGAAGAUGAGGCUAUGAAUGGGCAGUUUUUUAGUUGACAAGACUAAUGGCUUUUACAAGACAGUGCAAGAACUUUGGGACGGUGAACUGUAAGCAGACAGAUAUUUCAAAUUAGAUUUCCUUUUUGGCUUCUUCUCUCUUGUAUACACAAAUGUCGAAUAUUUCUUCUGCUUGCAAUUAGAGAAUAAGCAGACAGAUAUAGCCAAAGGAAUUUGGAUAGAAAUAAUGAACUGAGUUAAUGUUCUGUACGCUGUCAACAAAGAUGUUAUAACAUGUUUGUUUUCAAAACUAAUAAAUCUUCUCUACCAUGUUGAGUCUUA